CAUAAUUAUUGUUAACAUCUUUAUCAAAAAUGAAUUUUACCAAUCAAGUUACUCAGCCAAUUUUUUUUCCCUCCUGAAACAGCCAAGCACACCCUUAAUGAAAAUGAUAUAUAUUUCACACGACUAAUUGGACAGCCUAAAUUGUGUCCAUAUCUGACAGGACAUUUCUCAAAACUCAGUAGUCAUACUCGACUCUAAUGGAAGAAAACAUCCCCAACCUUCUUAACCAACUAACCCCAAUACACAGCAACAGAGCUUCAAGAGUAGAUUCUCUCAAUGAAUUCCAAGACGACAAACUAAGUCUCAUUCUCUUUUUUCUUCCAGUCAAAGACGCUUUCAGAACUACCAUUCUUUCGAAGAGGUGGGUCCCAUUACGCCACUCACGUGUUGUUCACCACUUUGAUGAUAUCCAAAGUGGCGUGAACAACAUCGAGACAUGGAUUCAGUUCUGUCAAAUGUUGGAUACAAUUUUACUCUCACCACGCGCCCAACGACAUACACUCAAAUCAUUUCAUCUCAAGUGUCAAUGCAAUUUCUGGCAGUUCGAGCAUUCCAACAUCAAUCAAUGGGUCGAAGCAGCAAUACGUCGACACGUGCAGGAUCUCUCCCUAUUCUUGUUAUCACGUGUGUCUUUGACGUCUGCCAUCUUCUACUCCAAAACACUCGUGGUUCUGAAAUUAACGAACCUACUUGUCGAAACUAUGUCUCAUUAUUCUGUUCAUCUUCCUUCACUUAAAACACUACAUAUGAUUGAUGUUCAUUUGGAUGAUAUGGAAGAUUUAAAGAAACUUAUAUCUGGGUGUCCCAUGUUAGAGGAUUUGAAAAUUGCAUAUGUCACAUCAAGUGUCGAGGCUGGGGUUACAGCUGGAGGAUACUCUAAACCUUUAUCCAAGUUGAUUAAAGCCAAUAUCCGUUUAUUCGAUGUUACGCUCAGAGCAGUUUCUAAUGUGCAAUUUCUAACUGUAACAGAGAUGGGGAAAAGUCUCCCCAAUCAAGAAAUCAAUUCAUAUUACCAAGGCUAUCAUGUGUUUGAAAACUUAACUGAACUUCGACUAUUUUGGUUUGAUUAUUGCAUUCAUAAUUGGUAUGAGGUACUGCAAAUGCUCCAUUAUUGUCCCAACCUUCAAACUCUUUCAAUUUUAAAGUGGACAGAUUCAUCAACUGCCAGAGGCAUUGAAGAUUGGAAACACCCAUAUACGGUUCCUGAUUGUGUUUCAUCCCAUUUAACAACAUGCAAAAUUUUAGGCUAUCAUGCCUUAGAAAAUGAUUUUCGAUUUGUAACAUAUAUUUUGCAGAAUGCAAGAUUUUUAAAGGUUAUGGAAAUCCGCUAUAGUAGUAAUUCACAUAGAAUGGAGAGUCCCCGGUUUCUAGAAGAUUUAUCAUCCUGUCCAAGGAUCUCUCCGGCAUGUAACCUGUCAUUUAUAUGAAUGUUUCUAGUUCCUAGAUGAUACCUCGUGUUUUUAGAAGAUUUAUCCUCCUGUCCAAGGAUCUCUCCGGCAUGUAACCUGCCGUUUAUAUGAAUGUUUCUAGUUCCUAGAUGACACCUGGUGUUUUUGUUAGUUUCUAUAUAUCUUGCUACCUUGUUGGUUUGAACAAUAUAGGUUUGGAUCAAUUGUCAGCCAUUUCUAUGGUGCACUUGAUAAUUAUGCAAUGUAUGUUUCACUUAAUAUUUUAUGUAACUAAAUUGCUCGAGUAGAACAAUAUAAUUUGUGGCUGUUAUGUAUGA